UUAUUUAAGAGCCAAAACUUUGUAUCUAACACCAAGAGAGAAAAUAAAAAAAGUGAGUGAGAAUGGGUUAUGCAGAGAAGAAUCCUUACCAUCUUUGUUUUCUUUUGAUCAUAUCCAUACUUCUAAUCUGUUUUAUCUCAGCUUCUGCGACUUUCUCAGAAGCAAACGCUCUUCUGAAAUGGAAAUCUACUUUCACGAACCAGACAAGCUCAUCGAAGCUGGCGUCAUGGGUCAACAAUACUAGCUUCUGUACCAGAUGGUAUGGUGUUUCUUGUAACUCACAAGGGAGUCUCAUAAGGUUAAACCUUACUGAUACCGCCAUCGAAGGUACUUUUCAAGAAUUCCCUUUUUCAUCUCUCCCAAACCUUGCUUACAUCGACCUUAGCAUGAACCGUUUCUCUGGAAUUAUCCCUCCCCAGUUUGGAUCCCUCUCAAAACUCAUCUACUUUGACCUCUCUAUAAACCAGUUAAAUGGAGAAAUCCCACCUGAGCUUGGCAAUUUAAGCAACCUUGAAACCCUCCAUCUUGUCGAAAACAAGUUAAACGGGUCGAUUCCAUCUGAGAUCGGUCACUUAACUUCAGUUCAAGAGAUAGCCUUGUAUGGAAAUUUCUUGUCCGGACCUAUACCUACUUCCAUUGGAAACCUAACCAAUUUGGUUAAUUUGUACCUCUUUUCCAACUCUCUUUCUGGUCCCCUUCCUUCUGAUAUUGGAAACUUAACCAAUCUUGUUGAGCUAUGCCUAGAUAGAAACAACCUGACUGGCCAAAUCCCUUCCACUUUCGGAGAGUUGAAGAAAUUAACUCUUCUCAACUUGUUUGGAAAUCAACUUUCCGGCAAAAUCCCCCCGGAGAUCGGUGACAUGGCCAGUCUAGAUUCCCUUAGCCUUCAUACAAAUAACCUUACGGAUUCAAUUCCUUCUUCCUUAGGAAAUCUCAAGAACCUAACCCUUCUUCAUCUUUACCAAAACCAACUAACUGGUGUCAUUCCCCCAGAACUAGGCAACAUGGACUCAAUGAUUGAUUUAGAGAUAAGUAAGAACAAACUUACAGGUUCUAUUCCUGAUUCCUUUGGCAACUUUACCAAGUUGCAGCUCUUGUUCCUCCGUGAAAACAAGCUCUCUGGUCCGAUCCCACCAGGAGUUGCAAACUCUUCAGAGCUUACUGUCUUGGAGCUCGACACAAACAACUUUACUGGUAUCUUGCCUGAUACCUUUUGCAAAGGUGGCAAGCUUCAGAACCUCACACUAGAUGAUAAUCACUUGGAAGGUCCUAUCCCGAAAAGCUUGAGAGGUUGUAAGAGCUUGAUCAGAGUAAGAUUUAAAGGGAAUGGUUUCAUCGGAGAUAUGUCUGAAACUUUCGGGAUUUAUCCAAAUCUCAAUUUCAUUGAUCUCAGCCACAACAACUUCCAUGGUGAAAUUUCAAGCAAUUGGGAGAAGAGUCCAAACCUAGUUGCCUUGAUCAUGUCAAACAACAACCUCACAGGUGCUUUCCCUCCCAAGAUUUGGAACAUGAUACAACUGGGUGAGUUGGAUUUAUCUACCAACAACCUUACUGGUGAAAUUCCAGAAGCAAUUGGAAAUCUCACGAAUUUGUCAAGGCUACGACUUAAUGGGAAUCAAUUAUCUGGAAGAGUUCCUGCAGGAAUAAGUUUCUUAACCAAUCUUGAGUCUCUUGACUUAUCCUCAAACAGACUCAGCUCACAGAUCCCACAAUCAUUUGACUCCUUUAAUAAGCUUCAUGAAAUGAACCUGAGCAGAAACAAGUUUGAUGGACGCAUUCCCAGACUAACAAAGCUGACUCAGUUAACGCAUCUUGAUCUCAGCCACAACCAGCUCGACGGAGAAAUCCCAUCACAGCUCAGCUCCCUGCUAAGCCUCGACAUUCUCGACCUCUCACACAACAAUCUCUCGGGUCCUAUUCCAACAACUUUUGAAGGCAUGAGAGCGUUGACAUACAUCAAUAUUUCAAACAAUAACCUCGAGGGUCCACUUCCAAAUACCCCAUCGUUUCGAAACGCAACCGCAGAUGCAUUGGAGGGAAACAAAGGCUUAUGCAGUAAUGCUCCUAAACAAAGGCUGAAACCAUGCCCUAUCAGUUCCAAUAGGUUCAAGAAAUCAAAGAAGAAUGAAAACCUUGUUGUGUGGUUACUAGUGCCGAUCCUAGGAGCACUUGUCAUUCUCUCUACAUGCGCAGGAAUAUUCACCUACUACCUCCGCAAACAAAAACAACACAACAAAGAAAACUCAGAUUCUGAAACUGGAGAGAAGUUUUCCAUCUGUAGCUAUGAUGGCAAAGUUAAAUACCAAGAGAUUAUCAAAUCAACCAACGAAUUCGAUCCAAAAUACCUGAUUGGAAACGGAGGAUACGGAAAAGUCUACAAAGCAAAGCUUCCACGCGCAACCAUAGCCGUGAAAAAGCUACACGAUACAACAGACGAAGAGAUAUCAAACCCAACAGUGAAGCAAGAGUUCCAAAACGAGGUAAGAGCAUUAACAAAGAUCAGUCACCGCAACGUAGUAAAGCUCUACGGCUUCUCCUCCUACCGCCACAACACUUUCCUAGUCUACGAGUACAUGGAAAAGGGAAGUUUAAGUGAAAUAUUAGCCAACAACGAAGAAGCUAAGCGUCUAAACUGGACCAAAAGGAUCAAUAUCGUCAAAGGUGUGGCUUACGCGCUCUCAUACAUGCACCAUGACCGACCAACUCCGAUCGUUCACCGUGACAUUACCAGCAGCAACAUCCUUCUCAAUAAUGAUUACGAAGCUAAGAUCUCCAAUUUUGGCAUUGCUAAGUUUCUCAAACCAGAUUCCUCCAACUGGUCCACCGUUGCUGGAACCUACGGCUACGUCGCUCCAGAAUUAGCUUACACGAUGAAAGUGACGGAGAAGUGCGAUGUGUACAGCUUCGGAGUACUGAUAUUAGAAGUGAUAAAGGGAAAACAUCCAGGAGAUUUGGUUUCGGCAUUAUCUUCGUCGUCUCCGGGGAAAGCAACGUCGCUGAGAAGCAUUUCCGAUGAACGUUUAAUAGAACCAGAGGUGGAAGUUAGAGAGAAGAUCUUGAAGAUGGUGAAAAUGGCUUUAUUGUGUUUACAAACAGAUCCGUUAUCUCGGCCAACGAUGUUAGAGAUCUCUACAGCGUUUUCUUAGAGAAUGCUUCUGCUUCGUCACU